AUGGACAACAUGUCUCUGGAUUUCAACUUGGCCUGGAUAGUGGCCAUUAUUUCUUCCCUGGGGCUUUUGGCUUCUCUCUUUGUCUGGCCACUCCCCUUCCAAUCAACCCUGACAGUUAUCAAUGGUGGAAGCACCUGGGAUAUCUUUCGCACCACGGCGAAGAAGCGAUUUCGCUCAGACGCCGCAAGUCUUCUACGGAGCGGCUUUGAGAAGUCCUCUGCUGCCUUUCGCAUUCUCACUGACAAUGGGUCAUUGCUGGUUUUGUCACCCCGAUACGCCCGAGAGGUUCGCAGCGAUGACCGACUCAGCUUGGACCAUUUCAUUGCCUCGGAGUUUCACCCCGACAUCCCAGGUUUCGAGCCGUUCAAAUUGAUCUUGGAUCCAAGAAACCCGAUGAACACGAUCCUGAAGACCAACCUUACACAAGCACUGACAUAUAUGACAGAGGAUUUGGCUGUAGAGGUUACCGACGCAUUAUCCGCAACCUGGACCGAUGACCCUGAAUGGCACGAGGUCAGCGUAAGUCAGACAGUUCUUAAGCUCGUCGCGCAGAUGGCGUCCAAAUCCUUUAUUGGACAAGAAAAGUGCCGGGAUUCCAGAUGGCAUAACAUCAUCAUCACCUAUACGCACAAUGUUUACCGAGCAGCACAGGCGCUCCACUUUUGGCCCAGUUUCCUACGUCCCAUAGUGGCACGGUUCCUGCCCGCAUGCAAAACGCUGCAAGCCCAGAUUCUCGAAGCACGAGAGAUCCUGGAGCCCUUAGUGGCCCAGAGAAAAGCCGAAAGAGCUAUUCGAGCCACUCAGAAGAAGCCUAUGCCGUCUCGUGGGGACAUCAUUGACUGGCUGGAGGAUCAUUACGGCGACCAGCCUUACGAUGCAGUGGCCGCGCAGUUGCUUCUCUCAUUCGCUGCUAUCCACGGCACCUCCAACCUCUUGGCUCAAGUUCUCAUGGAUCUCUGCAGUCACCCGGAGCUAACACAAGAUAUCCGGGCGGAAGCUGUGUCCGUUUUGGGCAAAGAGGGAUGGACCAGGGCUGCGUUGUACCAGCUCAAACUGAUGGACAGCGCUCUGAAGGAAAGCCAGCGCCUGGCGCCAAACAGAUUGUUAUCCAUGGGACGCAUUGCGCAGAGCGACAUGUCCCUGUCUGAUGGUCUCCGUAUUCCCCGAGGAACGAGUCUCAUGGUGUCUGCCCACAGCAUGUGGGACCCGGAGAUUUACCCAGAUCCCCGGCGAUACGACGGCUACCGAUUCUACAAUCUACGGCAGACAUCAGGGCAAGAGGGUCAACACCAAUUGGUGUCCUCGACGCCGGAUCACAUGGGGUUCGGAUAUGGGAAGCAUGCUUGUCCGGGGCGCUUUUUUGCGGCAGCUGAAAUCAAAGUAGCCCUGUGCAAUAUCCUUCUCAAUUAUGAUAUCGAACACCGGGGUGAGCAGUCACCGAGUGUCUGGAGCCAAGGCAUUCAUCUAUUUCCAGAUCCGACGGCUAGGAUCCACAUCCGUCGACGCAAAGAGGUUAAGUUGUGA